AUGGGUGCCUUAUCGUUGGUCUUGCUAAUGGGCGCUCUGCUCUCGACAACUUCAGCUCAGUCCUCCAACCCUUCAGUAUGGGCAUCUGUCGCCAUGGUUAUGCAUGGCGAACGAACGCCUCUGCGUAGCGAACUUCAAAACGUAUUGACACCCCAGGGCGCGCAGCAGCUGUAUGCUCAAGGCAAUGCCUUCAGAAUGCGAUACUUGUCUAGCGGGACGCGGACGAAUGUCACUGAGGGUCGCAUUACUUCUCGCGCCCCAAUCAAAGGCAUUGCGCGAAACGUAAUUGAGCAUGAGCAGCUCUCGAUACUUUCGGUUCCCGAUGCCCAUAUCGCGGCCAGCGCCAGCUCGUUUAUGCAAGGCCUAUAUCCACCGAUCACGCAAGUUUUUGCUUCAGAUACUGGGGGAAUGAACAUCUCUUAUUCAACAUUGUCUGGCAACUCGACUCAGUAUCCAUUGGACGGUUAUCAAUAUCCUAUAAUUGAAACCUUGGGGUUCUCGGACGAGCGAUCUGUUAGCAUCCAAGGCAACACGGAUUGCCCACAAUGGAGGAUCUCGACAACAUCUGUCAUGCAGCUUGACCCUUACAUGGAGAGUCUUUACGAAGCUUCUCUUCCUGGGUACCAGUCGUUAUUCAGCACCUCGCCUCUGAACGACAGCACAAUACCUCCCUACAGCGCUAACUUCUGGGACGCCUACAACCUCUACGAAUACGUCCGCUACCGCUACUCACACGAGCAAGCCAUCUAUGAUGCAAUGAAAGCCGAUUACGCACAGCACAGCGAGUUCCUCCUGAUGUACGCCAGACAGCAGCAACUCAACAUGACUUCCAACCAGGCAGUUUCUGGUCUGAAAAAGGGCGAUAUGAUCCGAACUAUUGCUGGCAGAACUUUGGGUCGGAAGGUGGUUGACGCUUUCGAAGCCAACGGCAACUUCGCUGGCUAUUCCAACAAAAUGACGCUCAUGUUCAGCUCCCACGAGCCCUUCAUGUCCUUUUUCUCUCUCGCCCAGCUUCAACAAGAAAACCAGACUUUGACAAGCCCCUUCUGGAACAUCCCCGACAACGGUGUAGCCAUGGUUUUCGAGCUUAUUGGCGACCAGCCCAACGAGCCUGAUGCGUACCCUACCGAGGACAACCUCUACGUCCGCUUCCUGUACAGAGAAAACGCCGACCCGAAUACACCAUUCAAAGAAUACUCUCUCUUCGGGCUCUCCAACAAUACCGAAACGCGCGUGACAUACAGCUACUUCAAGCAAGAAAUGCUCAAGUUUGGCGUCGACGUCUCGACGUGGUGCAGCAUCUGCGGCUCGGUGCAGGCGUUUUGCGAGUGGAGGACCACAAAGACGCCGCCCACUGUCGGCGAAGUCAUUCGCUCGGCCGUGCAAAAGCCCGCUGUUGCAGGGGUUAUCGGCGCGGUAAUUGUCCUCGCCGUUCUCGGUCUAGUCGUCGUCGUGGCGGCCGUUCUCGGUGGCUUCCGCAUUCAUCGGGCAGCAGCGGGGCCCAAGGACCGUGGCGGUCGGAUCGCCAGGCUAGGCGGAUUUAAGGCCGCCGAGAAAAUGGCUAGCGACCCAGACUUGUCGAUAUCGAAGCGAGGGGUGCAUCACGAGCGGCAGGGCAGUUGGGAGCUGCGCAACGGACGAGAUGUUGUCACUAGCCAGGUCGGUAUCGUCAUGGGCAAGAGUUCGUCAUCUGUCCGAACCAAAUCGAUCGAUAGUGGUAUGAGUGUUUUGGGGGCUUCUCCAGUGACACCCAGGGAGAAUAUCUGA